UCCUCCGCCGCCUGCUGCUCCAUCCAGCGCCUGCCUUCCCCGCCCGUACAGUACAGGUGCCGCUCGCCUCCCCGCGUCCGCCCCGGCCAGGCGGCGCGCCCGUCCGCGCACAGGCGCCGAGCCGCCCGCGUGGCCGCGUCCGCCGGCGCUCGGCAGGGCGGCGGCGUCCUCGCCCGGCCGCUCGACAGGCCCAGACCUGCGCAGGUCGUCCCCGCCCCGCCCGCCGCCGCCGCUCAUCCCCGCCCGCGGUCGCCGCUCGUCCCCAUCCUUUUCUGCCCAGGCCGGCGCCGCUCGUCCCCGCACGGUCUUCGCCGUCCGUCCCCGCCAAGGCCGGCGGCACCCCGUGCGCGCCCCAAACACGCACUAGAAGCCGAAAUCAGCUACUAGAAUCCACACCUCCAAACAGUACGAUUCAGAUUUUGUCCUAAAUCCAGAUUCUCAUAAUCCAUCCAAAAUCCUAGCUUCUCAAAAUCUGUAAUCUGAUCCAAACGCGCCCUUCGUUUUCUUGACGCUGUCUCGUGGGUCUGCCCUUCUGGCGUGGUGGCCCCAGAUUGAAACAAGUGCAGACAGAAGGGUCCUAGAGGGUUGGGGCCCACCAUCCUUGUAAAUGGGCGAAGGCCGCGACAGAAUGGUGCAGGCCCGCGCGGCGCACGAUUCUUCUGCGGAGGCAAACGGCGCCACCCGACUCGUCGCCGCCGCGCACACCACCUGUUCGACUUAAUGCCCCGCUAGACCAGGACGCCUGGCGCCAUGUCCUUCCUUGCGACCGGUCGCGGUCGCCUCCUCCGGGAGCUCUCGGGGCGACGCGCGCCGCGGCCCCAACGGCAAGGAGUCCACGCCGCGUUUUUCCGGCGGUACAGUGGGCACCACUUCUCGCUCGAUGGAGUAGAGGAUGCAGCAGAGCAAGCCGUCGAACCGCCGCCGCCGGUGUCUCUGGCAAAGAGCCUAGCCUCUCUCGCGGAGGAGUCGGCCGAGGCCGUUCAGAGGCAGAGGAAGCCGCUCACGCGGAUGGAGCGCAAACGAUUGGCAGAGCUCCGCAUCAAGAAGAGGGUCAAGGCGCAGUACCUGAACGGCAAGUUCUACGACCUCAUGGGUAAGGUUGUGGCGAAUGCCGAGACACUGGAGGAUGCAUACAACAUUGUCCGGCUCAAUUCAAACGCUGAUCUAGCUUGUGCGAAGGAUGAUGUCUGCUUUGUCACGCUGGCAGAGCAGCUGAGGAGUGGUGAGUUUGAUGUCAGAGCAAAUGCUUUCUCAGUGGUGAAGAAAAGAAGAGGCGAAGGGUGCCUUGUUCUUCCUAGGCUGAACUUGAAAGUGGUUCAGGAAGCGAUAAGGGCAGUCCUUGAGGUUGUCUACAGGCCUCAAUUCUCAAAGAUAUCACAUGGUUGCCGCAGUGGGCGAGGGUAUCACUCAGCCCUCAGGUUCAUAUCAGAUGAAAUCGGGGUUCCAGAUUGGUGCUUUACUGUCCCAUUGCACAAAGAGGUUGAUAGCAAUGUAAACACUAAGCUUAUUUAUCUGAUACAGGAGAAGAUCGAGGACACCCAGUUAGUUGCAUUCAUGCAAAAAAUGUUUGAUGCCAAGGUUAUCAAUUUGGUAUUUGGUGGAUACCCAAAGGGCCAUGGGCUGCCCCAAGAAGGAGUACUUGCACCAAUCCUGAUGAACAUAUAUCUUGACAGUUUUGACCAUGAGGUGUUUAGGAUUUGCUUGAAACAUGAAGGCCUUGGUUCAGAGGCAAAACAUGUUUCAGAGGACCAUGGGUCGAAUUUGCGUCGCUGGUUUCGGAGUCAACUUAAGGGGAAAGAUGAAAAUAGUGAAGAUCAAACAGAUUGUCAGACAAAGAUAAAGCUAUAUGCUUGUAGGUAUAUGGAUGAGAUUUUUGUUGCAGUUUCUGGAUCCAGAGAUGCUGCAGAAGAUAUGAAAUCUGAAAUUGUUGCUUACUUAAGAAAAUCACUUUACUUGGAAGUUGACGAUAGGUUGCGUCUUAUGCCAGUCAAAAGGAAUAUGCAGGGGUUACAGUUUUGUGGUGUUUUCGUCAGGGUGGAAACAAAGGAGAAUGCUAAACUGAAAGCUGUGCAUAAGCUUAAGGAGAAGAUUAGUUUGUUUGCUUCUCAGAAGCAAGAGAUUUGGGAUGCUAUGAAUCUUAGAGUAGGAAAGAAGUGGUUGGCAUAUGGUUUGAGAAGAAUAAAAGAGAGUGAGAUCAAGCCACUUGGCCUUAGCACCCCUUUGCUUGAUCACAUUGCAAAAUUUAGGAAAGAGGGGAUGAAGACAGAUCACUGGCUCAAAACAUUACUGAAGGUAUGGAUGCAGGAUGUCAAUGCCAAAAAUGAGCUAAAUGAGGAUGUUCUCCUAUCUAAAUAUAUUGCUGAACCAGCACUUGCGCAAGACCUUAGGGAUGCAUUCUACAACUUUCAGAAGCAAGCUGAAGAUUACAUCUCAUCAGAAACUGCUGCUACGGAAGCAUUGUUGUCCAAUUUAAAGAGGGUGGAAUCAAUUAGUACCUGCACUGACGGUGGUAUCAUUAAAAUUCAUGCUCCUCUUAGCUAUAUUCAGAAGUGCCUUCAUCUAUAUGGUCUAAUUAAUGUCGAAGGUUUCCCUAGGCAUGUUUCGGCCCUUGCCUUGCAAGAUGAUGAGUUAAUAGUAAGUUGGUUUGCAGGAAUAAUUCAUCGUUGGAUAAGAUGGUUUUCUGAGGUUGACAAUUUUAAAGAACUUCAGCUUAUGUUUGUUGAAUGUGUCAGAAAAUCCUGCAUCAGGACACUAUCUGCAAAGUAUCGGAUGUAUGAAAAGUUGACAGAAAAGCGGUUUGAACUUGAUGAUCAUGGCAUUCCAAUGGUUGAAGAUUUUGAGGCAACAAUUAAACCUCUGGAAUCUAGUUACUCUUUUGCCUCCACUGAUGAAGCUUUGAUGUAUGGCAUUUCUAGUAGUGGUUUAUUUGUGUUAACACUAUCAAGAGUUAGAGUCCCUACUCGACAAUUCAACUGCUUUGUCAUGGGCUGUCAAUCUGCGUCACCAAGUAUGUAUGUGCUUCACGUGAAAGAGAAACAACGUUUUCCUGGAUGGAGGACAGGUUUCUCGUCAUCGAUUCAUGGGAGUUUGGAUGGUAGACGAAUUGGAUUGUGCACCCAGCAUGUUAAAGAUCUAUAUUUGGGACACAUCUCCCUUCAAUCAGUUGAUUUUGGGUCCCUGGUUAGAUGACUCGAAGAUGAUACCUGUGGUUUACUGAUAAUUGAAGGCUUUCUACUGACUCACAGAAUAGUAGGUUCAGUGCUUGUAAAUCCAUUUAUGGUUGUAGCUAACCAUAGUACUCAUUUUGUGAGAGAUAACUUAAGUGGUAUGCUUGUGGAAUUCAAAUUGAAAAUUAGCCUACAUUUUGAAAGCAGCUUCUUUUUGACUAUUGCAUUGCAAGCCCUGCUGGACCGUCUCACUGGUUGUAACUCGUAUACAGAGGCAGUGUUGUGUGACAAGUUCCUAACUGAAUCAGGCAGAAAACUGUAUAAUGAUCGACGUGCAACAGAACUGAAGGAAAAAUCGGGUUGGUUUGAUCUGAUCCAAUGAGACUGUUCAUGUUGAGAAGUGCAGAAUGCACUCAGGUUCACAAGAGGUGGUUGCAAUCACAUGUUGCAUUUCCCAUUGGUGAUAGACUUGGGCAAAGGUCCUGCAUUUGACCCAUCACUAAAUACUGUAUUCUGGGAUGAGUCCUGGCUAUUGGCUACAUAAUUCUAAAACUUAAAUGAAAGUGCUCCGGAUGCUUACCAGCUUGAUUUCUGCUCCUCUCUUGCUGCCAGUUACCGUCAGCAAUUCUGAAAUCAGACAGUAAGUGUGUCAGUUUGUCAAACAUCCAUUCUUACACUGAGAAGGGAAUGAAGAGGGAAAAUAAACAUGACUCAAGUAUGCAAACACAAAAGCAGAAGUGUUGAUAUCUACCUCUAUGUGCAAUAGUAACAAAGGGCCCAAGGGUGGCUGAGAGGAUGGCCAGCCCGAGCAAGAAACUUAAACAGUUUAACGGCUGCAUAACUAACUGUCUAGCCCUGCUUUUAGGUAUGUCUGUCAUGUAACUAACGGAAAGGGAAGGAGAAAGAAGAACAAAGGAAGGGUAGAUUUAUAGGGUUGCAGAGACAUGGGCCCUCCAUUGGUCAAAGACUCAAGUAGUUUCCAAGGAUCUCAUGCAUUGUAAAAGUGCUCCAAGGAUCGGCAAAUUGCUUGGGAUAGAAGAUUUUGGGUGCCUUGGGCCCUCUGCCCGCAGUGCUGCUGCCAAUGCAGGCAGUGAGGAAGAAGAGGCAAGCGUUGGUGGCCAACUAGAAAGUUUUCCCGGGACCAAGGCCGGAACCUAGAGUUUCACCUCCCGUUGAUCUUAAGUGUUGGGCGUGACAAGUGGCUGCGAAAAGCAUGAGCAGGAUGCCAGCUUGAGCUUCGGUUCCUCUGCCUGAUUGUAUGAGCUGGGGAACAAGUCCCAGGCCUCUCUGCACCUGGUGUGAAGAUUCAUACAAACGGUACUGUGACUGGAAUGUACUAUCUGAGACAGUCAACACGGUCUUCUGGGACUCAAGUCGUCCCAGCUGCGUGGCCCAUGCCUCGGCAUUGCGGUUCGCCUGUUUCGCAUCUGAAGCGAAAUGAUUCAGAGUACCGCAUAAUUCAUUUUGUCCAGACGGAGGCCGUCGGAAAUCCAUCCGUUCUACGGAUGCUGGGGCAUUUGCUUGUCAUACUGUAUUUGUAAUAGAAUCAUUGAAAUGGGGACGUUUGUUUUCCUUCUAGGCAUAGUGACAUGAACAUCCCUAACUUUGGGCCCUUCCACUGGUACACAUAACUGUGGUAGAUCUGAAAUUUCCAGUAAUAGAAGUUUUUCAAUCACUACUGAGAAGGGCAGAGAUCUGGUCUGCAGUGUGUUGGACUGGUGCGCAUAGUACUUGUGUACAAGGGCAA